AUGGCCGUCGCCACCGCCGACGGCGGCCAGGUGACGAAUGGCUGCAAACCGCGCGAGAGGGACGCGCUGCUGGCGUUCAAGGAAGGCAUCACCGACGACCCCGCAGGCCUCCUCGCCUCAUGGCGACGACGACGACUUGGAGGAGGCCACGAGCUGCAGGACUGCUGCCGAUGGAGAGGUGUCCAGUGCAGCGACCAGACCGCCGGCCAUGUCAUCAAGCUCGACCUUCGCAACGCGUUCCAAGAUGAUCACCAUCACGAUGCCACUUUAGUCGGCGAGAUAGGCCAGUCUCUGAUUUCCUUGGAGCAUCUGGAGUACCUUGAUCUUAGCAUGAACAACCUCGAGGGUCCAACCGGCCGUCUUCCAGAGUUCUUGGGGUCUUUCAAGAGCCUGAGAUAUCUGAACCUCUCCGGGAUAAGGUUCUCCGGCAUGGUGCCACCACAUAUCGGUAACCUUUCGAAUCUCCAAAUUCUCGACCUAUCCAUCAGUACUGUCCAUCAGGAUGAUAUCUACUAUCUGCCGUUUCUCUACUCUGGGGAUGCUUCGUGGGAUAUACAAGAGGAAAAUGCUUCGGUGCCCCUAUCCUUACGAUGUGCCUAUGCGACUGGCCGGUGGGCCAGCCUUGGUCCUAAUGGUAACUUGAUGGAGGACAGGAGAGCUGCCCCCGGCAUGGGGGCAUCGCUGUUCCCGAGGGACCUUGCUACUACCCGGGUAAAGGCAUCCCCGGGUAAUAGCAUGCUCCGUCUAGCUGCCAUCAAUAGUGUCAAUGUUAGUUGGGGCGCGUAG